UUACGUCCACAAGUUGCAACCCACCCAAGGCACUGUGUUUUUUCUGUGGGGAGAAAUUAGCUAACAGUAGCAUGAAGCCAGCACAUCUGCAGCGUCAUCUUAAGACAAAACAUGGAUGUCACGUUGGUAAGCCACCUGACUUUUUAAGAGGAAACUGUCUGAAUUCAAAUCAUCUCAAGACACGAUGCGGAAGGCCUCCACAACAUCAGCCAAAGCCCUGGAGGCCUCUUAUGCAGUGUCUUUGCUCGUAGCUAAAGCCAAGAAGCCAUUCACUAUCGCUGAAGACCUGCUCCUUCCAGCGGCUGUAGUGCUGGCUGAGACUAUGCUGGACAAAAACGCAGCGGAAAAAUUAAAGACUGUACCGUUGUCAAAUGACUCUUUUUGCCGCAGAGUAGAUACAAUGGGAACAGACAUUGUCGAGCAAGUUGUGGGAAAACUUAGCGACUCCUUUUCACUCCAGCUGGAUGAAUCCACAGAUGUCAGUGGAAAUGCACAACUUGUUGCUUUUGUGAGGUACGUUGAUACUGACGACAUACUAUUCUGCAAAAGUUUGAAGGGGAAAACAACAGGAGAGGACAUAUUUGAUGUUGUCAAUGCCACUUUCUGUGAAAACGGUUUGUGCUGGAAAUCCUGCAGCAGCAUCUGUACAGACGCAGCAGCAUCAAUGACGGGCAGCGCGAAAGGACUAAUAGCGCGCAUUAAAAAAGAAAACCCCGACGUGAUGUGGACUCACUGUGUCAUACACAGGGAGGCAUUGGCGUCCAAGAAAAUGAGCCCUGUGUUACAUGACGUUUUGAACAGCAGCAUCAAAGUGAUCAACUUCAUUAAGUCAAGGCCACUUAAUGCACGCCUGUUUCGCCGCCUCUGCGAAAAUAUGGGAGCUGAACACAUACAACUGCUGCUGCACACAGAAGUGCGCUGGCUCUCUCGAGGGAGAAUACUCAACCGGCUGUUGGAAUUAAGAUCCGAAGUACACGCCUUUCUGAUUGAGCACAGAUCUCCCCAUGCCACCUUGUUCCAGGACACAGACUGGCUUGCAAAGCUGUGCUAUCUGGCAGAUAUAUUCAGCAAACUGAACGAACUGAAUAUGUCUCUGCAGGGCAAGGACACCAGCAUUUUAAAACCUGUAUGA